AUGUCUGAUGACGAGGUAGACCACGAGCUGAUUGCGCUUCUUCGCAAAUCACUGGGGCUAGGGGGAGGGGCUGCAAAUCCCGGCGCGGCAGAGACAAAGGUCCUGCAGAACGCUCAAUACGUUUUCGAUAAUGCCAUCGACGUUGCCCUAAAUCCGUCGAAAACCAAGGAGGCCGCGGAGACGAUAUGGCGCCAGAUGCAGAAGAAAAAAUACUCAACUAGCAGCUGGUCUGAGCACGAAUUACACCCCAAGGCGAAAGACGAGAGCACCGUCGAUUUUAUCUUCACCAUGGACCUGCUGAAUUUUAGCUUUUGGUCCGCGGAACCGGAAGGGAAGCGGUUUGCGAUCGAAUACCGAGGAAAGAAGUGGACUGGGUAUUGGAGCUUGGUGGCCGCCUUGCGGCGGGCGUUGGAUGAAGGCAUCGAAAUCACAAACCCCGAAUUUUGGGUAGAUGAGGAGGAGUGCAGCGAGGAGCUUAUCAGGCACGUCUUUCGCUCUGCGACGGAUGAAGAUAUGCCUUUGCUUAAGGAGCGACUUGAAUGCCUGCGUGAAGCAGGGCGAGUGCUAUGCAAUGAUUUCGAUGGCAGCUUCACCAAUUGCAUUUACAGUUCAAACCGCUCAGCCGCCGCUCUAGUCAACCUUCUGGCUGAGAGCUUCUCAUGCUUCCGAGAUGAGGUAGUCUUCCAAGGACGCAGGGUACGAUUCUACAAACGGGCACAGAUUCUUGUUGCAGAUUUAUGGGCGUGCUUUGACGGGGAGGGCUACGGCGAGUUUCAAGACAUCGAUAAAAUCACGAUGUUUGCCGACUAUCGCAUUCCUCAAAUGCUCCACUUCCUUGGAUGUCUUAUGUAUUCCCCCUCCUUAGAAACCCGUAUCCGCAAGCAAGAAGAAAUCCCCAGCGGAUCCAAUUGGGAGAUUGAACUUCGCGCCACCAGUAUAUGGUGCGUCGAAUUAAUCCGGCGUGAAAUCGAAAAACAACAUCCCGAAGUCAAGUCCGUAAAGACUGAAAAGUCCACUUCAAACGGACACUCCUCGCUCUCGCAUUCAAACGGAUUGUCACACCCCAAUGGACACUGCAGAGAAACCUCCCAGACGCAGAACGGGAACGACGAUCAAAUGGACACACAGGCCCCCCAAACUGGUCACUUCCGACGGCACUCGAGACAUAGCAGCGCCGCGAGCAACGCCCCACUAGGCACAGGCGUCAGCAUCAACGCCAUAUUGAUUGAUUUCUUUUUAUACGAUACGAUGAAAGAGUUGGAAAAGCAAGGACGUGAAAAUUCAACGUUUAUUUUCACUGAGACUCUCAGCGCUGGAAGCCGGGAUGUGUACACACGAUGUUAA